CCACGUCCGUCUUCCUCCACAGCCACACAGACACUGGCUCGUCUCUCUCAGCUGCCUUGCUACGCCUCCGCCGGCAUCCAGUGGAAGGAGAAGAACCAGAAGUCCAAACACAAAGAAGACAGCCAUGGCUUCUUCAUCCGCCUCCCUGCUCCACUACUCUUCCACGCUCCCCGCUGCCUUCUCGCCGCCGCAGCUUCUCAGACGCGGGCGCGGGCUCCCCCCGCCACCGCAGCAGCUCGACCUCAGGCCCAUCCGCCGCUCCAGCCGCGGCCUGUCACUCGCGGCCUCCGCCGCCGCGUCGCCGGACGUCGAGGAGGAGCCCUCGCCGUCCCCUCAGCCGCCCGACGAAUCCGCUCUCUCGGCCGUGGCGGAGAGCGUGGCGGUGCUGAAGGCGGCGGCCAAGACGAGGAAGGUGCCCGCCACGGAGGUGCUGUCGGCGCUGGGCAAGAUCAAGAAGGCCAAGCUCGACACCUCCGCCUUCUUCAGCACGCUCGGCGGCACCGAGUCUCCCGGCCGCACAUGGAUGCUCAUCUUCACCGCCCAGGGCCGGCUCGAGAAAGGAAGCUACUUCCCGGUCACCGCCGUGCAGCGCUUCGACGCCGCGGGGAAGAGGAUCGAGAACGGGGUGUACCUGGGCCCGGUGGGGAGCCUGACGUUCGAGGGGCGGCUGUCGUGGAAGAAGAAGAAGAUCCUGGCCUUCGUCUUCGAGCGCCUCCGCCUCAAGGUCGGCCCGCUCGGCCCGCUCGAGAUCGGGCUCGGCGCUGCCAGUGAGGAGGAGCCGGGCACCAAGGACCCCUUCUUCGUCUGGUUCUACGUCGACGAGGAGAUCGCCGUCGCCCAGGGCCGCGGCGGCGGCGUCGCCUUCUGGUGCCGCUGCCAGCGCGUCCCCUGAAAUGUUGAAGGUUCAGUUCAGUAACAGGCCGUUACUUACUGUAAAGAGAAACAGAAUCCUUCUCUUUGCCUAGUGUAUAGCUAAUGUAUUAUUUCAUCUUCAUACUUUGUAGCACUUUUAGUCAAGGUUUUUGAUCCGUAUGGACUCGCUAAGAUUCAACCCAAGAUACUUGUCUUCCCUU